AUGGGAGACCUGAAGUCGGGUUUUGAAGAGGUGGAUGGCGUGAGGCUCGGCUACCUCAUCAUUAAAGGAAAGCAAAUGUUUGCACUCUCCCAGGUUUUUACAGACCUGCUCAAAAACAUCCCGCGAACUACCGUGCACAAGCGAAUGGAUCAUUUAAAAGUAAAAAAGCAUCACUGCGACCUGGAGGAGUUGAGGAAACUCAAAGCCAUCAACUCCAUCGCUUUCCACGCCGCCAAAUGCACCCUGAUCUCCAGAGAGGACGUGGAAGCCCUUUACACAUCCUGCAAAACCGAACGGGUCCUUAGGACGAAACGGAGGAAAAUAAGCCGGGCGCUGUCAGCCACCGACCUCCGGCCGGAGCUCGCACCCACCGACCCCUUCUCCGGCUUCUGGAAGGAGAACAAACUUUGGCUGGGUUUGAAUGACUCUCCCCGGCCCCUGCUGCCCAUCCGGAGGAAAGCUUUGCGUCCGGGGGACACAGCCUUGCUACCGGCCUCUCAUCUACCUCACAUUUUUAGUAAAUACACUGGCCACAGCUACCCAGAAAUCGCUCGGGCGCCUUGCAAACCCCCCGUAAACUAUGAAACGGCGCCGGCGGCGGGCAGCUGCGCGCCCCUCCGCGCCCGCCGCCCGCCCGCCGCCCGCCCCCCGCCCGCCGCCGCGGCGCGGCCGCGGCUCCCGGCCGCCGGCCCCCCGCCCCUGCCCGCCCGCUGCCGCCGCCGCCGCCACGGGGCGGCCGCCGCCGCCGCCGCCGCUGGGCCCCCCGGAGGCGCCCGCCAGCCCCUGGCCGCGCCGCGGCCCUGCCGGCCCCGCGGCGCCCCGCGGCUGCCGCUGCCGCUGCCCCGCGGCUUCGGGCCGCCGCCGCCCGCCUUCCCCGAGAGCGGCAGCAGCGACUCGGAGUCCAGCUGCUGCUCCGGCCGCGCCGCCCACGACUCGGACUGCGGCUCCAGCCUCUCCAGCUCCAGCGAGGGCAGCUCGGAGGAGGAGGACGAGGAGGAGGAGGAGGACGAGGAGGGCAGCGGCGCCUCGGACUCCAGCGAGGGCAGCUCGGAGGAGGAGGAGGAGGAGGAGGAGGAAGAGGAGGAGGAGGAGGAGGAGGACAGCACCUCGGACUCCGACUCCAGCUCCGUCUCCAGCCAGGUCUCGGUGCAGAGCAUCCGCUUCAGGCGCACCAGCUUCUGCAGCCCGCCCGGCGUGGUCCACGCCAACUUCUUGUACCAUCUGGCGGCCGCCGCCGCCGCCGCCCCCCGGCCGCCGGCCCCGGCCCCGGCCCCGGCCCCGGCGGAGCCCGCCGGGCUGCCCGCCCUCCGCGGCGCUCCCGGCGGAGUCAAGCCGGAGCUGCCGGAGGAGUGGGGCCGCCCCGGCUGGGCUCCCGCCGCCCCGGCGCUGCGCUGCUCCGGCGGCCUGGGGAGCUGCUUCGCGGAGAUAAGAGAUGAUAGGGUAUCCGAGAUCACAUUCCCACACUCUGAAUUUUCCAAUAAUGCCAAGAGUACUGACCUAACAAUUAACUGUGUUGCAAAGGGGGCCUCUUCACCUAGCCCAAAGACAAACAAUGCAUUUCCACAACAAAGAAUACUCAGAGAGGCAAGGAAAUGCCUUCGAGCAACUACUACACACCGUGCAGAUAACAAUACAAUAGCUGCUAGGUUCUUAAAUAAUGAUUCUUCAUCAGCGGCAGCAAAUUCAGAGAAAGAUUCCAAAAUCCCUCAUUGUAUUGAAUUUGCCACGGAUUUGCCCUCUUUACAAACUGAUCCUGAGGAGGAUGCUGCUUCUCCAGGGGCAGCAGCAGCAGCUGAGCUCCAGUGCACUGAUACAGGCAAUAAGCCAUUGCCAUUCCUGCACAGCAUUAAAAUCAAAAUAGAGGACAGCAGUGCGAACGACGAGUAUGAGCCUGAUCUUACAACACAUAAGCUAAAGUGUGAGUGCAAUGAUACUAAGGAUGAGUUUUACGGUGUGACUGAGAGUAAUAACCAGGACGCUUUAUUAACAGCCAAGGAAGAUUCUGCAUGCACUGAGAAAGAAACCACUUCCUUAAACCCGCUGACUCAGAGUCAGGUCCUCUCAUGCACUUUAGGUACUCCAAAACCUGAGGAUGGGGAGUAUAAAUUUGGAGCAAGGGUGAGAAAAAAUUACAGGACACUGGUUUUGGGAAAGCGACCUGUACUGCAGACUCCUCCAGUCAAACCAAAUUUGAAAUCAGCUCGAAGCCCACGUCCUACAGGUAAAAUCGAGACACAUGAAGGAACACUGGAUGAUUUUACAGUUAACAAUAGACGCAAAAGGGUAGCCAGCAAUGUAGCAUCAGCAGUGAAAAGGCCAUUUAAUUUCAUGGCAAAUUUUCCCUGUCCACCAUCACUAAUUAUUGGCAAUGAUGGGGAUUUGUUGCCAGCUUAUUCCUUAAACACCACUAAGGAUUCCCAGCCACCUCACAAGGCCCAUCCUGUAUGGAAAUGGCAGCUGGGCGGUUCUGCAAUACCUCUUCCACCUAGCCACAAAUUCAGGAAAUUUAAUUAA